AUGUCGAGACGGGUGAGACCUGCGCGAAAUGAGAACAACAAGUGGGCUGUGCCGGCGGAGCGGCUAGCUGGAGGGGAGACCGCCGCCAAAUGGAAAAGUAAGCAGUUUUAGGGGUUUUAAGACGUGUCUGGCCAUAAUAUAAACUUUUCUCGAGUAUAUUUAAACCUACCACAUAAAUUUGAAAUAAUAUCGAAUUAUUUUAUUGCUAAACUUUUCUGACGAUUUCCUACCUACUAGAACGUCAUUUUUCUCCAAAUUGCCUAAAAAAAUUUAAAAUUUUCCUCUAAGAAUCCCUAUUUCAGAACUCAGUGCCACGCAGAAGGCUCUUCGGAUCCUACUUGUGAUACUAAAGUUGAAAAUAUUGCUGUUGAUUAUCUUCUGCUUCAUCUGCACUCUAAAUCUUCUAACAGAUGCCUUCAAAUUACUGGGAGUAAAAGGGGUUGGAAUGACAAUCAAGACCUCUCCACUCAUUCUGAAUCCAGUUUCGGCAUCCAUUAUUGGAAUGUUGUGCACAUUGCUCUUCCAAAACGGCAGUACUUUAGUCAGCAUUUUGGUGGGAAUGGUGGCUAGUGGAUGUAAGUUGAGUGCUUAGAAGCUAUUAUACAUAUUAUGAUUCUUUGUCACCCUGUAUUAUGAUCACUCGUUACGAAACCCCAACAAAUUUUUCAGUGAUCUCCGUCCACCACGCCCUCCCAAUGAUAAUUGGCUCCGAAAUGGGCGCUUCUCUCACAAAUGUCCUAAUUUCCAUGGGCCAGUCUGGGGAUCGCAACAAAUUCCGUCGCUCUUUCGCCGCGGCAACUCUCAACGACGCUUUCAAUGUCCUCAACUACCUGACACUUCUUCCGUUGGAGAUCUGCACCGGAGUUAUUGAGAAUUUAAGUGGGAAAAUGGUGAAGCCUUUGGUGGGAACUCAUACUGGAGAAAUCAAGACUUUGAACAUGCUCACGGAUCCGCUGUUAGAGCUGAUUGUUCAUGUAAGGCAAUUUUCUGGGACUGUGCACAUUCAUACCACAAUAACUUUUCUUGUAAAAAAUAAUAACUGUUUGGUUUUCAUACUUUAGAUCGACGACGACGCAAUAAAUGCCGAUAUCGCGGCAGCCACAGACUCGGAUAACUCAACAGUGCCUUCAGGCCGAGAAACAUUCAUUUAUCGCUGUGUCAACGUGACAACCAAGAUUCUUAACCCUAACUGUAAGUGUAAAAUACCUUUCCUCCACCUUUGUUCACACCUAUUCAUUUAAAAAUUGUUCUUGUAAGAAAAAUUUUACUGACUUAAUUUCAGGUAAAUACAACCACCUCUUUGCCUAUUCCUACUGGUCCGAUGCUUUGAUCGGCUCAAUUUUGCUCACCUUGGCCAUCCUUUCCCUGAUUUUUUGUUUGGUCGGGAUUGUCCAAACAAUGCAAUCUCUGUUGGCGGGUCGCGUCGCCGUAAUGGUUCGUCAAUUGUUGGAUCAAGAGUGUCCUGGGCCCUUCAAAUUCCUCACUGGCUACAUUGUAAUGCUCUUCGGAGUGGUCGUUGUCUUCAUCGUUCAGUCCAACAGUGUUUUUCGAUCAGCCUUAACGCCAUUGGUGGGUAUCGGAGUGGUGACUUUGGAUCGAUUAUAUCCCUUAUUACUUGGCGCCAACAUGGGAUCUUCUUUCACGGGGAUUCUGGCGGCCUUAUCGUCAGACCCGGCCAAGUUGCGAGACACUCUUCAAAUAGCACUGUGCGAAACUUUGUGUAAUGUUUUCGGAGCUAUUGCAUUUUAUCCGAUACCUUGUUUGAGGAGAAUCCCGAUGAAUAUCGCGAUGCAAUUGGGUGACUUAACGGCUAGGGUAAGAUUACUUUACCUUUGAUUUCAAAUUAUUUUAGAAUUUUUGAGUUGAGCUUACGUAUAACACAAAAUUUUCAGUACCGAUGGUUCGCACUGGUCUAUAUUUUCCUAUUCUUCUUUAUAAUGCCCCUUUCUCUCCUCGGCCUCACUCUUCUACCUACUUGGGCUACAGUAACAGCAAUUUCCCUUCUAAUUUUCUUCAUUACGUUUAUAAUUACUGUAAAUUGGGCCCAAUCCAAUCAUCCAGACGCCCUUCCAGCCGCGCUCCAAUCGUGGAAUUGGCUUCCUCGGCCGUUACAUUCCCUUAGGCCCUACGAUAAUUUCAUUAGGAAGUAUUUUGGAUCAGUUGCAUGCUGUAGGAAUCAUUUUGUUUCAACAAAUCAGCGGAAAAAGAGCUCUGCCACGAAUAAUAUCAGCGAAAUGUUUGCCAGACAAUCCGCAGAGGAGAAAGCGGCAGUUCAAGAUGAAGAAAAUCGAUUAGGAUUCAUCCGGGAGAUCAUGAGGACACCUCCACCACAAGUUGGUCACCCUUAUUAA